GACUUUCGACUCUUUGAUAGUGGUAUGGAUUUAUGCAAACAUCUUUUUGUUUAGCAGAAAAAGGGAAUUGACAGUGGUCAACAGCUUUAAGUUCAUGAUGCGACUGAAGAUCUGGCCAUCGCCACACGCGACAAUAUAUUACAUGAGGCAAACCUUUUCUGUGAGAAACCUAAGAUAAUAUAGGUAAACUUUUAUUACAAGUUAAGAGUUAAAUAGAUAAAUACUAAAAUACUUAAAAUUUGGUAUUACUUGUAAUCGACCAUCAAGACUUCUUGGUAUAGUUACACAUUUACUUGGUUGUCCGGGUGAACUCAGAGCUUUUUGUAAAUCUUCUGUUGCACCUUUUGUUUUUUUUAAUUUCUUCAUCAGUGCAUCUACAGCUUUUUCAGCCCAUUUCUCUUCUUCAUCCCCUUGUUUCCAUCCUAAUAGUUUUUUUACAGAUGGGCUUGUAAAUGAAAAUAAACUAUUUAAGGCACUACCAGCAGAAUCCAUUUCUUCAACCAUCACUAUUACCUAUUCUAACAAAAAAAAAUAUACAUAUUAGUAAAUUACUUUUAAUAAAAAAACCUAGCUAUUUUACUUUAAAAUAUAGUCAUAAAUAUAAAUUAAUACUUACAAGUGAUCAAUUUUUAAUUUAUAAAUUGAUACACUUUGUGCGUUUGGAGACUAUUUGAAUAGGUAUUUUCUAGUAUAUAAGUACGUGUAAUUAUAAAAGGUUUACACAUCAACAUUUACUUUAAUAAAAUACUAUUUAUUUUAACUUUAAAAGUUUACAUUAUUAUUGAGCAAUUAUUUAAGAUGGUUAAGGAUUAGGAGUUAACAAAUUCAAUAGUUUCAGAGUACUAAGUAGUGAGUUUUCUAUAGAAUUAAAGCGCGUGCGCAUUUUUUGAAUAUGAGAAAAUCGAUAAUUUUAUGUACUACAACAUCGAUAAUUUAUUGAUUUUUAUUACACGCAUGCGCAUUUCACUAUCACAAAAAAAAAAAAGAUAAUAUUAUUCUCAAAUCAAAAUGGUAAUGUCCAAUAAUUUUUACAAGUUAUCUGUUAUAAUCAUUCAUGUGUGAUUUAAAUGUAGUUAGGCAUCAACACCAUUUAGCUAUGUAACCAUUAAUCUUUAAAUUUAUAAUUAUUAAUUGUAUGUAAUCUAUAAAAUGUAUGAAUAUUUUGUAUGAACCAUAUUACUUAUUAAGUUUUACCAACUGUAUUAAAAUAAUUCCUUAUUAUGUUAGAUUUGAACAAAAAAAAUUACGAUUUAAUUCUUUGGUUUUACUUGAAAAAUUGAAAAAGUGAAAUUAUAUAUUUUAAUUAUUAUUUUGUGUAGAUAAACAUAAGCGAUUUGUAGUUUAUAAAAUAUAUAGAAACUAUAAAUAUGGAUAUUCAGUCAAUAAGUUCUAGUCGUAGUAGAUCAAUUAUUAGAUCUGAACACUCUUUGUAUCAACAUUUUCUUGAAAUGGAAACAUUAUGUGAUCGUUUAAUACUGUUAGAUUAUGAAAGUUAUGUAGUAAAAUCAUUAAAGAUGAGGCCAAUAAAUAGGUAAAAAUAAUAAACAAUUGUUUUACAUAAAAACUUUCAAUUACUAAAAGAAAAAAUUACAUUUUAGACAUUAUUUUGCUUUACAAACUAAUUCUGGAGAACAGUUUUACAUGUUUGUGUCUUUGGCUAUAUGGCUAUUAAGUAAACUUGGUAAAAAUUUAAAACAACCUCAAGAAUAUGAUGAUCCCAAUUCAACAAUAAACUGCAUAUUAGAAUAUUCUGCAGAGCUAGUAUGAUACACUGAAUUUAUUUGGGAAAAAUAUAUCUGUGUUUAGGUAUUUAUCUCAUUUUUUUUCAGGACUUGUAUGUUGAUUUCUCCAUCAAUCAAUUAAAACAAGGUUUCGGAAAACAAGUUAUUGACAUUUUAAAUAGUCUUACAGAGUUGGCUUUGAGAAAAAAUAAUUUUGUUUUUAAAAAGUAAAAUAUAGUAUAAUUUUUUACUGUGACCAUUUCAACAGUUCAUUUUGAAUUUGACAGGCCAUGUUUUCCAAUGGACAAAGAAGAAGUUGAAGAAUUACCUGAGAACAACGCAGAACUUUUAUUAGAACAUGUUGAGGAAGAAAUGGUUUGGACAAAUUCUGAUGAAGAUGAAGAAAAUAUACUUGAUUUUAAUGAUUUAUCUGUUUUAAAUAAGGUAAACAUAGUAUUUAAUUUUUUUUUUCUAAACUCCAACAGUGAAAUUUAAUUAUAGAUUAAAAGACAAAAAUCUCAUAAACCAAAUGAGAGUUCUAAAAUUCCAUACACCAGUAAAGAAGAAUGGAAUUUAGAAUUGGAACAAGUAUUACCUUCAUUAAGAGUAACAAUCAAACUAGGUAAAUUAUUUGAACUUUAAUCUAUAUUGUAUACCUUUUUGUAUUUAAUAGUUUAUAAUGGUACCAAUUUUUCAAAUAUACAGUGGAACCUUGAUAAGUAGAAAACCUUAAUAAGUCAAAAUAAAUAUUCCCCUGUGAAAACCUUGAUUACUUGAAAGAAAAACUGUAGAUAAUUUGAACAUUCUAUGUUCCGAAUGUAGACAGAUAAUUAUAGAUAAUUUUUAUAAUCAUUUUUCUAUUUGACUUGUCCUUCCCAUAAUUUAACUUAUUCAUUUUUUAGUAAGACAAUUUUAAAAUAAUAAGACACAUUGUAAUUAUAUGUAUAUAUAUAUAUUAUUUAAUAAUUAAAAGUUAUUAUACUUAUAUACAUUUUAAAAACUCAAAUUUCAAAAUUAAAAUUUUAUUCCUAAAACCUUGAUAAUUUAAAAACCUCUAUGAGUAAAAAAAUUUAAUUUCCCUUGAAUUUCGACUUAUCGAGGUUCCAUUGUAAUUUAAAUUAUAUUAAAAAUAAUUUUAAUGUAAUAAUAUUAAUAAUAAUGUUAGCUAUAACAAUACAAUUUAAUAUAAUUUUAAAUCCAUGUAUCUAUCUAUAUAUAUAUGUAAAAAUUAAAAUCUUGGAUUCAAAUAAUCUCUUGAACUAUUCAUCCAACUGCUAUAAAGAUUUUUUUUUAAAAUGAGAGUAUAUUACAAAGAAGGUUGCCUAUUUCUGAUUCUGGAAAUUAAACAAUUGAGUAAUUAAUUUUUUAAAAUAAUUGUUGAUUGCGCUAUCAAUAACAAGUCUAUACCAAUAUUUUAAUACUACAAAAAAAUAUGUUUGUGCAAUGGCAUUUGUGAUAUAUUUCUGCCCAACAGUAAGUUUGUAUCCCGUAUUCAAUAAUUAUUUGUUUGAAUAGUUUUUUCAUUUAUUUAUGUACCUAUUAAUUAUUAUGUAUACAUAUUUAAUAUGUUUUAUUCGCUUUUUACUUAAAUGAUGGCUCACACAUGAAAAUGCCUUCUUAACACAUUCCAUUUUCAACUAUUGAGAUAAAUUAUGUUCUUUUUGACACAUGACUCUUUGUCAAUGACUAUUGACAGAAAGUUGGUUUUUGAUAUUUUAAGUAUUGUUCAUAAUAAUUGGGGAAAACCAAAAAGGACAUAAUAUACAAUUUUUUUUUCAAAUUUAUGGCCUAUGAUUUCAUUAUUUUAACUUUGUACGGCUUAUGUUUUCUAUCAUUAAUAUUGCUUCAAUAAAAAACAUCAAGGAGAUCAAGAAACUUCGCUCUGAAUCAUUUUUGAUUAUCAAUGGUUUAUCGUUAGUUAAAUUAAAUAACUUUAUUUAUUCCACCUUCCCUACUAUCCACCUACAAGUUACAACAGUGACCGCUCCUCUUUCGUCCCCAGUAGGUAUCAGAUCUCUUUUUAUUAUUAUUUAAAUACAGAUAAUUUAUUACAUAUUACAUAUAGUUUAUUUCAUGCAUUAUAAUAUUUGAAUAACAGUUUUACUAUAGGUACUUUUAUUCAAAAAAAUUUAAAUAAUUAAAAAAAAAGAGCUGAUACUGGAAAUGGGUGCGACCACUAGUAUUGUGAGUUAAGUGGGAUACAUAAAGUUAUUUAAUUUAUCCCUGUAACCAACAAUAAACCAUUGAUAACAAAAAAUGAUUUAGAGCGAAGUUCAGUUCUUAGGAAAACUACUUUGGUUAUCAAAAUACGACUUUCUUCAUCAGUGGCAAUACAGUACAAGGAAUAAAAUCUAUCUCUUGAUCUAGUUUUCCUAACUAUUUCGAAAACUCCUGGGUAAAUUAAAAAAUGAAUUCCUCAAUGCACCAACGAGAGGAAAUUAUCUUCCAGAAAAGGUGCUAAAGUCUAUACUUCAGAGCAAAUUUUUUGGCUGAAAAGUUGUUCACAGACAAAAAAAAACAUAGUAUAACCAAUAGAUCUCUCAUUAUGAUAUGAAUUUAAAAUGUCUAUAUUACUGUGUUGAAUUAUUUUAUUGAAUAUUAUAUAUUAUAAUUAUUUCCAUAUUUAUAAGGAAUGGAUAGGUACAUAAAGUAAUUUUAGGUUUUCCAGAUAUGAAAAUAAUUUUGGUUGUGACACCAAAAACUUAUGAGUCAUACAAUAAAAAUUUGGAAAAAUUAAUAGAAAGAAUAAUUGUGUUGGAAAAUUAGCGAUUGAAUUAAUAUGUUGUGAGAAGGAGUAAAUAUAAAAUAUUCAGGAGAUUAGUAGGAGCAAUAGUGGCUAGAAAUUGUUUGAGAAGUAUGAGUAUGUAGAGUAGGUAAAGAAAUGUUGAUAGACUAAUGAUGUUAUAAAUCAUAUUAAAUUAUAAAAUUCAGUAUAUUUUUACAUUUUAUUUUUAAUAAUAUUUAUCUAUUGAUUUAUCUUAAGUUAAAUAUAAAAACGUGCAUACAAUUUUAGAUUACAAAGAUUGGCGAACAAGUUUAAAACAAAUGAAAGAACAUAAGCUUUUGAUGGAUAUGUCUAUUUUAAAGGUCAAGCCUCUUUUGGUCAAUCUUUGUAGUACAUUAAAAGAAACUAUGGAGAAAGUUUAUAGUAGAGAACAAUACUUAAACAGUUCUUUAGAUAACCUUUUAAUAGAAUACCGUAAUUCUCAGGUAAACAAAUUAAAUGUAAUUUAUAAAAACUAAAAUAUGAUUUAUUUAUUUUUAAAACUAUGAUAAAUUAUUAUUACUUUGUUUUAUUAGGAUGAAUUAGCUCGAGUUAAUGAACAUUAUAAAACUCUAAGUAAUGGUAUCGCAGAACGUCAAGAUACAUUAUUAAAAAUCACUGAACAAUUAGAAAUAGUUAAACAAGAAAUGGAUGAAAGAGGAUCAAGUAUGACUGAUGGAAGUAAGUCUAAUUUGAAUAAUUAUAUUAUGCUAUUAUAAUAAAUAAUUUUAUAAUUUAAUUGUAGCACCAUUAAUUAAUAUAAAAAAAGCAAUAACAACUAUUAAGACAGACAUUAUGGAAAUGGAUGUUCGUAUCGGUGUAUUACAACAUGGAUACUUUAUGUCAAAAGUGCAUGAAAAAUCUGUAAUUCAAGAUACCAUUUUAAGACCAAUGUUUCCCAGAACUGUUUUAUAAUUAUAUCAUAUGCACUUUGUUUUGUCAUUAUUAUUCAUAGACCUAUUACUAAUAGCAUGUUUAUAUAGUUCCAGUGUCAAUUGUGAAAUCGUUGUUCAACUUGGCCCAUUGAUUUGUGCACAUGCUUAUUAGAAAUUAAAGUUAGGUAAAUGUUUACAAAUGUUGUAAUAUAAUACGUAUUGUAUAAUCUAUGUAUUUGAUUAUUUUUACUAUGACUAUAUAGUCAUGGCAGGGAAUGUGGAUUGCACAUUACCCACUCUCCCUGCCUAUUGAUAUUCUUCUAGUAUUCUAAUCGUUUAGUAUAAGGCCCAUGUAGUUAUUAAAGAUUUAUAUUUUUUUGUUUAUAUCAUAUUUUUUUUCCUAAAUAUAAAUAUCCAUCAUAACUUAGUUGCAAUAAAACACAUUUUAAUAACUAUAGUAAUUUAUUAUAUAGUAUUUCAGGAUGUUAAUUUUAAACAAACCAAAUUAUUAUUUGUUUUUUGAUUUCCAUUUA